AUGGCUGAUGCAUGCUAUUGCUGUGAGUUCCGGAGGCUAUUGAAAACAUUCAAAACAUCAGUACUAGUGUGGAAGAACAUCCGUUCUGAUAAAUCAGGUUCAGAGGAAACCAAGCACCCACUUGUCACCAGUCAGCGUUUGGUUUCCUCUGAUCCUGACUUGUCAAAACGAAUGUUCUUUCACACUAGUACUGAUAUCAUGAAUGUUUUCAAGGAAGAGAAGACAGGAAUCAUCGAUCACCUUUUGAUUCUUCACCGUUUCGAGGAUCCUGCUGAUCUCCACCAAGGCUCUGAGGUGCUGUCCAUCUUUCAUCCAACUGACGAGGUCAUAAAUUGGGUUGUUAUUACCCGUAAAUAUACAAAUAAAUCCAUCCAUUCACUACAUCUAGACUUGGGCUCUAAUGUUGGAGCAGUAUGGAAAGAUGUGGAGAUGAUGAACUUCAUGGGAUUAGCCCCUUAGCUUCUCUCCACACAACCUAAUGAACUUCAUGGGAUUAGUCCCUUAGCUUCUCCACAUGUAGCAAAUUCAUGGGGCUACACAACGGGGGUAGCCCAUCCCCAACCCUGGUGACAGUGAGAUUUGAUAUAUCUGCUACAAUGAGUUGGAGAUCCUUCCAAUUAAGUCAUUGCCAGGCGGUGACAUCUGAUGAUCCAAUAACUUUGAUGAUCAUCAUUUGAGGCAUAAGAUCAAAUCCACAUAACUGAAAACUCUCUAUUGUAGCUCUCUCUCUCUCUUUGUUGUGUUUUUGAGAGAUAACAUACACUGC